AUGGCCACAACACGUAUCCGUGUGAAGCAGAUCCUGCAAUCCCCCCUACCCCCAUUGAACCAGGGGUCCUCUAAAACCUCCUCCUCCGCCCUCCACAGGCUCAGAUAUGUCGGAAGUUUGGGCCCCUGGCCCAACUUUCAGAACCAGGUCGAGGCAGCGUAUAAUGCCCAGGCCUUUAGCCGCAGUACUACAAGUCCUGUCAGCCCCGGCCCGCACCAGGUGGAGCCAGAUAUUGUUUCUGUUGGGGACGAGCAUGGUCUCCAAGGCCGCUUUCAACAAGCCAUAGGACAAGUACUGGGAGUGGCCUUGGAGGCCCAGGGAAUAAACCUGUCUUUCGGGGACUUUAAGUGCUCCGGGAUCAUCUAUGAAAAUAUCCCGGACGUCAUUGGCCUGUCCCGAACUAUCCAAGGCAAUGACGAGUUGAGUUUGAUAGGGGAACUCAAAGUUCCGUGGGUCCUAGCCCAUUCCAUAAGUGACGCGUAUCAUACACCGAAAGGUCUGAGGCGCCUCCUCGGACAGCCCCUCUUAUAUAUGAGGGAUCUCGGAUCCGCGUAUGGCUUUCUAAGCACUUAUGAAGAGACUAUCUUCCUCUACCAGACCCAGCUGGCAAACGGACAAUGGCAUGUGGAGUAUUCCCCGGUAGUGUGGUCAACCGAUAUCUACGAACCCUCUCAGGGUCCUAGUUCUAUUCCGUCUCUCUCUAUGAGACAGUGCAUGUUUUAUGUCGCUGGGCUUGCAAGCCAGCAUGGGCCGGUGUCUAACCAAACCCCGGCAUCACAAUGGGUGGUAUGGGGAUGA